AUGACGCAAGAGGCGGAACCUGGACGAAUCUAUGUGGACACACAGCACGAAGAUCUAGUACACGAUGCUCAGCUCGACUACUACGGUUGCCGGUUGGCGACGUGUUCCUCUGAUCGCACCAUUAAGAUAUACAACGUAUCCGAAACGUCCUAUGAACUUUCUGCUACACUUCAAGGCCACGAAGGACCCGUAUGGCAAGUCUCAUGGAGCCAUCCAAAAUUUGGUGUUCUUCUUGCUUCUUGCUCCUUCGAUGGAUCUGUGUUCAUACACCGGGAAAUUCGGCCUCGCGAUUGGUCCCUAGUGCACGUUGCCCGCCGCAUUCACGACUCUUCCGUAAACAGCGUCGCUUUUGCACCUCAUGAGUAUGGAUUGAAGGUCGCGGCAGCCAGUUCGGACGGUCGUGUUAGCAUUAUCUCUUGCCAGAAUGACGAUGACUGGUCGUUGGAGUACAUUGAAGAUAAUGCGCUUGGAGUAAACUCUGUGUCCUGGGCUCCCAGUGGAGCCUAUCAUGAUGAAAGCAACUCAGAGGGUACUGAAAUCUCCCGGUUGGUUACUGGCGGAUGCGAUAACCGUAUGAGGUUUUGGAAGCUUCAGGAUUCGGGGCAAUGGUGCGAGGACAGCCAGUCCCAAGUGUCCAAGGAUCUUUGUCACAGUGAUUGGGUAAGAGAUGUAGCCUGGGCACCGUGCCUUGUUCCAAAUAUCAACAUGGUUGCCUCGUGUUCGGAGGAUCGCACUGUUUUGAUAUGGACGCAAAACGGGCGAAAUGAAGAAUGGAAGGCGCUACUACUUCAUACUUUUGAUAGCCCGGUAUGGAGAGUCAGCUGGAGUGUCACCGGUCACAUGCUAGCUGUCAGUAGUGGGGAUAAUGAUGUGAGCGUUUGGAAAGCUGGAGUUGAUGGUACUUGGUCUCAAAUGAGCACAGUAGAAGACACUCCUGAGACGCAACAUGACGGGUGA